AUGACGACCACACACUGUGAAGAUAAACAUUUUCAGAGCUCAGAUGAUGACUACAUCCCCNAUGACGAGUCGGUAUGUGGCCCAGCAACUACGUCUUCUCUGACUGAGACUGGCGCAGACUUGCUGGGUCAGUACUUUCUCGUCAAAGGCGAAAAGCUCUUGGAGUUAUUCCAGUUCUGCCCUCGUUGCGGACACAGGCUUCCGGGAGGAGUACGCUUGAGGACCGUUGGCACGGCGGUCGUCAAUUUCAUCUGCAUGGAGUGUAUGAACGUGUCUAUAAGGGAAACGUGGAGGCAGCGGUGUCGGCCAUCACCACCGGCUUGCGAUACCCGGUUAGUAAGUAUGUACGGUGACGGAAAAUACAGAAGGGUUGUUUGUUUACUUGUUCAGGAAUUGGCGAGAUGGGCGAAGCAGAUGAAGUUGGCGAUUUUUUCGAAGACCUUUUUCUGGAAGGUUUUUGUUUGGGCCAAGCCGGCCAUAGAGAAAGUGUAUCUCUCGCAGAAAGCCUUGUUUUGGACCUCGUGA